AUGUCUGCCUCAGUUCUGGGGGAAUCAUGGGUGGUACCUUCAGUCAACACUGUGAAUGAGGAUACAAAAGUCAAGAGCCCUCCGGAGACCCCGAAACAGACUCAAACUGUCAAACAAUCUGAACAUGAACAUGGAUCCGAGUCGACUACCUCGUCCGUGCCAGGACCAGACUUGAUUAUGCCCUCAAUAUAUGAGACGCCUAUCGCCGAAGCAUCAUGGGUUGCACCGAAUUUGCGAACAAAGAAAGAAAGUUCAAGCCUCAGGAGAAGACAUCAAAACUCUGCCGAGCCCGCCAGGGCAAAGACGACCCCCGAGACCCCAACCAAGGACGCCGAUUCGACCACGACCUGCACAAAUCAAACUGGGUCUUAUCGUACAUUAUUCGAAACACCAAUCCGCACCAUAAUCAACAUCAUCCUUCUCGCUACAAUCUCGCAUUUACUCAUACUUCCCGAACUCGUGCAGCAGUACCAAACCUUGUGCUCCAUAGAUGCAAUUUCGCGACUAUAUCCAGCCAGAUGUGUCUUACCCUAUCAUUCGCCUUUCAGCGCGCAUACAGACAGCCAAACGCCUCAGACGGAAGCAGUUUCGUCAUCUCAGGCACGCCUGGAAUUCCUUUUCAAUGCGACCCUGCAUGAAAUGGCCCCGCUCAACAUUUCCUUGAAGCAGACAGAGUCUCAACUCCGCACAGUCGAACAAGAAUUAAGGCUGGCGCAACCAGGAACAAAGCACGAGCUGAAUCUGGAAUUUGAGAGCUGUUGGCGCGCUAUCCGCCUCGCGGCAUGGAAAUUUGACUCCCUCAAGGUGGACCUCCAAUCUGCAGUCGAUAGUCUCGUCGCAGCAGGCGAUCUGAAACCGAGCUCGGCACCGACCGAGUCUCGAUCUUCCUUCGCCAACGAUGCCCGUCUGUCUACCCAGAUGCUACGUCGUGAGAACUACGUUAACCAGCUUAUGGCACGCAUGCGCUCCAAAGCUGACUCCCUUGCCGCUGAUCUCGCCACGCUCGAUGACCACCUCGAAUCGAUCGAGAGCAUCGUCAAUCGUGAAACAAAGCAUCCAGGCACCAAAGACUCCUCCAGUCGACUCGUAGCUUUUGUAGACGCCAUUGUUCCUCCCAGUGUCACACUCCCUUCAUUUCUCUGCACGCGUGGGAGCGAAGAACCGGACGACAGCAACAGCGAGGAUACAUCUGCUCCCUCUCUAAAACUCACCCUAUCACAAAUCUUUCAGGAAGCCACGAGCCACCAUCGUCCCGUUGCUGGCCUAGCAAGGAAUCUAUCGAAGCAGCUACAGCAAUCUUUGCAAAACAAAAGAAACAUCACCCAUUGA